CCAGCGGGGCACGUGGCUCUGGACGCAGCUCGCGGCCGCCCGGCAGGACCUCCGAGGCUGGGCGGCUCCCGCCCCGCCUCCGCCGUCGCCGCCGCGCCGCACAGCGCCAGGCCCGACAGGCCGGGCCCGAGGACGGCAGCCGAGCGAGUGACGCGGGUAGCCAUGGCCGAAGCGGCGCCCACCCCGGCUCCCGAGAGGGACAAGCAAACAGAGGACCAGAGGCCUUCGACUCCUCCUCUAUCACCCCAGCCAGCUGCUGAGAAGAGUUCGUAUCUCUACUCCACGGAGAUCACACUGUGGACAGUGGUGGCCGCCAUUCAGGCCUUGGAGAAGAAGGUAGAUUGCUGCGUGGCCCGCUUGCUGACUCUGGAGGGGCGCACCGGGACAGCUGAGAAGAAGCUGGCAGACUGCGAGAAGACAGCCGUGGAGUUUGGGAACCAGCUGGAGGGCAAGUGGGCCGUGCUGGGGACCCUGUUGCAGGAGUACGGGCUGCUGCAGAGGCGGCUGGAGAACGUGGAGAACCUGCUGCGCAACAGGAACUUCUGGAUCCUGCGGCUGCCCCCAGGCAGCAAGGGGGAGGUCCCCAAGGUGCCCGUGACCUUUGAUGAUGUGGCCGUGUAUUUCUCCGAGCAGGAGUGGGGCAAGCUGGAGGACUGGCAAAGGGAGCUCUACAAACACGUGAUGAGGGGCAACUAUGAGACGCUAGUCUCCCUGGAUUAUGCCAUCUCCAAACCGGACAUCCUUACCCGGAUAGAGAGGGGAGAGCAGCCUUGUUCCGAAGACCACUGGGACCAGGAGAAGGGGAAUGAGGAGGAAGCAGCAUGCCCAAGGAAGCCAGGAGCUGGCCUCCCUGCACACCCAGAGCAUGCUGCCAGCCCGCUCAGCCCAGCCCAGGAGGAGCCAAGGGAAGCAACAGCCCCUGAGCAGCAGCGAGACUUGGAGGCGAGAAUGACCCCACCCAGGCCAGGCACCGAGCCUCCAGCCAGCACGAGUGUUUUGUCCUUGAUUAAACAGGAGGGAGAGUCUUCAGAUAGGGAGUCACCAACUGCCCCUCCUAGGGACAUCCUGCCCUGCUUGGAGCCAGGUGGUGGUGUGGCCAUCAAGACAGAGGGACAGUCUGAAGACAAGAUGAUGCCGGAGCAGCUCUUCCUGGGGGCAUCCCCAAGCCAGACCCAGUGUGGAAUCCCCAAAGGGCCUGGGAACAGGACUGGGGGCCCCAGCAGGCAUCACGCUGAGGGUGUGCCCAGGGUGCGGGCGGGGGAGCUGCGGCCACCAGGGGCUGUGGGGGAACCGCCCCGAGUCCUCCCUCGCAGGCGAGAGCGGGCCUUCCCCUGCCCUGACUGCGGGCAGAGCUUCCGCCUGAAGAUUAACCUGACGAUUCAUCAGCGGACCCACGUGGAGGAGGAGCCCAGGGAGGCCCGGGGCAGCUCGCCCACCGGGUGGGGGGCAGGCCACGCCGCCCUGGAGCCGGGAGAGGUGGUGGUCCCGGGCCCUGUCAUCCGCUGGCUCCCCGAGGAGCCCGAGGGCCACCGCUCCGUGGCCGGCCGUGCCUUCGUGGGGCGGAGGCCAGCGACCGCCAAGGUGUACCACUGCAGCGAGUGCCUGCGCUUCUUCCAGCAGCGGAAGAGUCUGCUGCUGCACCAGCGCCUGCACACAGGCAACAGCCAGGGCUGGCCCGCCUGUCCCUACUGCGGCAAGGCCUUCCGCCGGCCCUCGGACCUCUUCCGGCACCAGCGCAUCCACACCGGUGAGCGGCCGUACCAGUGCCCGCAGUGUGGCCGGGCCUUCAACCGGAACCACCACCUGGCUGUCCACAUGCAGACUCACGCCCGCGGCCAGGCCGGCCCGCACUUCCUGGCUCCCUCCGCCCGCCAGGGGAGCCCGCCCCGGCCGCGCCCCCGCCACACCGAGGAGGGCUGAGCUGGCGGCACCUGCUCUCUCUCUGUGGGGCGGGGCCUGCCUUCCCCCUGGUGCCUGGCUCUGCUUCCUCAUCUGGGAUGGUUUGGAGAGAGUCACAGGACUGACGUAUGGGGACGGACCUCCAAAGGAGGCCCAGAUCCAGUCUGCUGAGAUCUCCC